CGCCGUUGCAGCUCGCACGCACUCAUACAUUCACACACACAUAUAUCGCGAACCGCUCCAUCUCACAAGUAAACCAUGGAGGAGGACAACAAAAAGCCCUACAAGAUAAAGGAUGUGACGAGAGCAAUCAAGAAGGCAGUGGUGGCCGGCACACUGGACGAGGUGCGUACGAAGGCGGCGGAAAAGUUUGGCCGCACGGAUCUGCCCAACAUUCAUCUCGAUUCGGACGGUACCGAGGUGGACGACGAGGACUACUUCCAGACGCUCGAACCGAAUGCCGAGCUGAUUGCGGUCUUUUCCGGCGAACAGUGGAUAGAUCCAACACACUACGUUACAAUUACGACGCGCCGCGAUUCGGCGGACAUUACCGACAGCCCAGACGUGGAGCGAAUACAUCUGAAGAAACUGGUCGCGCAGAUGAAAACCAACCUGUGCAAUGUGUCGGUUCUGAGCGAACCGGACCUGGAGCUGCUAUCAAACAUGGACCCGAACUCGGUGGCCGACAUCACCGGGAAGGACUUUAUCGAGCAGCUGAAGGAGGCAUCAGGCAGAAUCUUGCAUGAAAAACGAAAGGCUGCUGACGCAAUUGAGCUGCUAAAGCUGAUCGCCAAGCAACCGAUCGCGAGCAACGACGCAGACAGUAUUAAUCGCGAGUACGACGAUGGUGCUGAUGAUGGUAAUGCACGCCAGCUUCGCUCCUUUCUAACUGCAACGACGGUACGGUCCGGUCCUAUCGUUAAUCAACCUCAGCGCGCUGAUAUGACUGCUGCCGCUGCUGCCGAAGAAUCGUCCUCCUCGCCUUCCACCACCACGCCUUCCACGACGAUCCUUUCGAUUCCGGCUACCAUCGAUAGCUACAGCGAUGGCAAGCAUAACAUCACCGUACACCUGCAACCGACCGUUGGCAACUGCGGCUUCGAAAGCAGCACUGGGGAAGACACCCUUGACACCUGCCGGAAGCCAACAGACAGCAAACCGGACCAUGGCAAACCCAUUUGAUAUCUAAUGUAUCAGGUCAAUGUGUGUCACAAGUAGUC